AUGGCCAUGAAUCUUGGUAACCUUUUGUCCUAUGCGAGCUGCGUCACUUCGCUGGUCACGGUGGUGAUUGGCUUCAUCUAUGCCUACUGGCACUUCCCACCCAUGUCGUUGCUCUGGUCGACUUGCGGGUGGCAGGACCCCGAUGAGUACACCUACUGGGUGGAUUGCAAUUCCAAGUGGGCCGAGGGCUGGGGCAUUUUUGGCGCCCUCACGUGGAUUCCUUUGAUCUUCGGGGCGAUCGGAACCAUGAUGGUUAAUCCCAUGGUCUUGGAGGUCGUAGGCUUCCCUCGAAACUUCCUCCAGCAUGGCUUUUUCCUGAUCCUGCAGGGCAUGAUGGCCAACAUUGGCUUCUGUGGCAAGCUUGGUGUCGUCACGGGAUUUGCCAGCCUUGCCGUUGGCUUCAUUGACAUCAUUGCCAGCGCCUUCCACAUCAAGAGCGAUCGAAUGAAGGACCUGCAACGCCUCAAGGACCCCACGGGCUAUGAGACACACGAGGAUGAGGACGACGAUGAAAGUGAGUGA